AUGAAUGAGGCAUCAGCCUUGCUAAAACGCGGCAAUCUGGACGAUGCGGAGUCACUGCUCAAAGCUGUCCUAUCCCCUGUCCGAAUUUCCUAUCCCACCUCGGAUCAUUUGAACGCGAACACGACGGAUGGCGAUUCGACCGUGUUCUCACUCUCCUCGCUGGGUAGCAGUGGAUUCCUGGGAACUCCGGGUUCCUUGUCCGAAAUGAACGGGCAUUCUGGGCUCGCGGUCAAAGAUCGAGUCAUUCCGCUCUGGUUACUGAUCGAGCAGGCGGCGAAAGAAGGUCGUACCCAACUAACUAGAUUGGCUAAAUUCGAUCUUUCCGCCUGGGCCUCGGAAGCUCGACUCGAAUUGUAA